GUCGGUACUCUGUAUGUUAGACAAUGAUGAUGAAUUACUGAUAUGGGAUGUGGGUGAUAAGAACCAAGGUUAUGUUCUUGUCGUUGAUAAACAUGUUACAUAAAACAUAAGUGUGUUAUCUUAAUUCUUAUGUACGUGCCCCUAUACUGUGCAUCAUGUCUUUUUUAUUGAAAUUUAACAAAUUUGUUAGUAUUCGUUGCUACUCAUCAGCGGCUCUAGCAAGAUUCAAUUGGGAAGAUGCUUUGAAUUUAGAAUCACAACUCGCAGAAGAUGAAAUUCUUGCCAGAAACUCUUUCAGAUCCUAUUGUCAAGAGAAGCUGAUGCCAAGGAUUGUUUUGGCGAAUCGCAAUGAGAUUUUUGAUAAGGCAAUCAUGAGGGAGAUGGGUGAAAUAGGGGCAUUGGGCUGUACCCUGGAUGGCUAUGGCUGCUCUAGUUUGUCAACAGUGGCCUAUGGACUUUUGGCCAGGGAGGUUGAACGGGUUGAUAGCAGCUACCGCUCAGCCAUGAGUGUCCAAUCAUCGUUAGUCAUGCAUCCAAUCUAUUCCUACGGCUCCCAACAACAAAAACAGAAAUACCUUCCCAAGCUGGCAAAAGGUGAACUGAUCGGCUGCUUUGGCUUAACUGAACCAAAUCAUGGAAGCGAUCCUAGCUCUAUGGAGACGAGAGCUGUGUACUCUGCAGAGAAGAGAAGUUACUCAUUGACAGGCAGUAAAACAUGGAUCACAAAUGCUCCAAUUGCAGACGUGUUCAUUAUCUGGGCCAAGUGCGAUGAUGGGGUGGUGAGGGGUUUCAUCAUGGAACGCGGCUCUGCGAAUUUGUCCACUCCGAAAAUCGAAGGCAAACUUGCAUUGCGCGCUUCAACAACCGGUUCAAUAUUGAUGGACGGAGUUGACGUUCCCGAAGAAAAUCUUCUACCCAACAUUGCUGGUUUAAAGGGUGCCCUGGGAUGCCUGACUGCGGCCCGCAUUGGAAUAGCAUGGGGUGUGAUUGGCGCGGCCGAGUUUUGCCUGGCCACGGCACGCCAGUACACUCUCGACAGACCUCAGUUCGGUCGACCUCUGGCUGCCAAUCAGCUCAUUCAGAAGAAGUUCGCUGACAUGCUCACUGAAAUAUCGCUCGCAUUGCAAGGAUGCUUGCAAGUGUCUCGUCUCAAGGAUAAGAAUUUACACACUCCUGAGAUGGUUUCGUUGUUAAAGAGAAAUUCAUGUGGAAAGGCAUUGUACAUAGCACGAGUGGCUCGAGACAUCCUGGGUGCAAAUGGAAUUUCUGAUGAAUACCAUGUGAUGCGCCAUGCCGUCAAUUUGGAAGCAGUCAACACUUAUGAAGGUACCCACGAUAUCCACGCGUUAGUUCUUGGUAAAGCGAUAACUGGACUUCAAGCAUUCUCUUCCAAGAAGUAAAAUUCUUAAUCCUACAUCUAAAUUUCUGGAAAUUGAAGAAAAUUGUUUUUUAUCUGAUCAUUGUUUAACCUGAAUGAAGACCUCUCUGGGACAGAAUAGAAGCGAAGAACACAUGGCCACUCAAUGAGAAAAACUAUACGAGUGGAAUUCCGCGUUCUGUAACGAGCCCAAAAAAGCGACAGAAAUUCCGUCGCGUCUAUUCCACCCUUAGAGUAUGGGCCUUGAAGUCUUCUUAGUUUUAUCUAAUUAUGUAAUGACUCAACUUUUUAUGGUUCUGGAAUAGCAAAAGAUCAAAUAAAGAGUAACCAGAUGAAUGAAGUUAAAAUCUAAAAGUACUUGAUUCUGAUUUCAUGUUUGAGAAUGAUCAGAAAGACUAUCCAAAACUGAUCAGAAGCAUGCAUUUAUUGUGAAUUGAAAUUAAAAUCACUCAGGUAGAUAUUGUUGAAUUGUAUUAUAGAUUGUUCAAGUGAAUUUUUAGUACUUUCUACCCAAAUUUCUAUUCGAAGUAAUAAUGUAUUAUCAUUACUUUAAAACCAAUGUACGAUAUCUAUGAAAAUUCAAUCACAAAGUUCCUUAAAUAAAUUGUAAUUUAUAUAAU